CCCGUACUUCAUGCUCGAGGGCAACCGGCAUGUCCCUUUCUGGGUCUUCUGCUUUGUCCCAGUGCUUCCUUUUCAGGUUCAUGUUCAGUAUACUACAAGCUCUUGUCAGGUUUUGUCCUUCCCGCCCUGUGUAUCCGUAGUGUAUUUCCUACCGCCAACCUUCUCCAUCAUCCCUGCGCGUGACGCGAUGAGCAGCAUGAUCAAUGAAUGUACUCUAUCCCGUAGCAUCUGUAUACCCAAAGCCCACACCCCUCACACCCUCCCCCCUUUCUCUUGACUGUUUCUUCACCCAAAGGUGCACCUAUCACGACCUCUCUCCGCCAAGGACCUCCCAACAUUUGGCCCAGCCUGUCCAGGCCCAGGCAAGGCACCACGUAAGUGCC